GCUUCCGGAUUAUUUGUCCAGGGAUCUCCCAGUAACGGUUCCGCACUGCCAGCAAGCGCAGGCCUCAGGACAGAACGAUCGCCGCAUUCUCGAGCAACCUCGCCCGACUUGAACGUGCCUUCCUACUUCCCAGCAAACCUCACCACCAAGGCUCCUCUCGCCAGCAAACCUCGCCCUCUGUCGCCGCUGCCUCCAAUGCGUCUCUUCAAUCGCAAGGGCUCCAAGCCCCAGGUUUCCCCCAACGGCAGCCAGCCAAACAGCUCCAAUGGCUCCCUGCGCUCCCCUGGACCCACUCCAAACGGCUCCCGGCCUACCAGCUUCCCAGACGUCCCUCUGCCAAAGGCCCCAGAUCCAACUCUCGACCCGGCCGGCUACCUGCGCAGUAUCUACGCCGUCCGCGAGCGCUCCAAGCUGGUGCUCGAAAAGGCCAAGAAAAAUCAGCUCAAGCACUUCACAGUCGACAUGAGCAAGUUUGGAGAUGUCGCUAGCUUUGUCGUAUCCAUAAUUAAGCGCGACUAUGCGCCUGACUACGCCUCAAUUCCGCCUCACGGCCGCUGGCAGCACUUUGAUGUUGGUGGCCGCCCGCGCAUCGAUCAGCUCAUGGCAACAUGGCCGUCGACCGUCGACAACCAGGAGCGCACUCGCCGCCUCAUAGAUCUCUUCCUCGUCUCCGUCCUCCUCGAUGCAGGUGCAGGCACCAAGUGGCAGUACAAGAGCAAGGAGUCGGGCAAGAUCUACCGCCGUAGCGAGGGUCUCGCCGUCGCCAGUCUGGAGAUGUUCAAGGCCGGCGCUUUCAGCAGCGACCCCAAAGAACCCUACCAGGUCGACAGUGCGGGGCUGAAGAAGCUCGAUGUCGCAACAGUGGCGCGUGGCCUGCAGGUCAACGCCACAAACCCAAUCGAUGGCCUUGAGGGUCGCACUGGCCUGCUGCUGCGUCUCGCAGAAGCGCUCCAGAACCAAGAAGUUUUUGGCCUCGAAGCACGACCAGGAAACAUGCUCGAUUACCUUCUCUCGCACCCAACCACGCAAGCCUCAUCAGUCCCCAUCAUCCCCCUCCCAACUCUUUGGAAUACCCUCAUGGACAGCUUGACCCCCAUCUGGCCAGCCACAAGGACUCAAAUCGACGGCGUACCCAUGGGCGACGCAUGGCCGUGCUCAGUCAUGCCAUCACACCCAACUCAUCCGUGGGAAAACAUUGUGCCUUUCCACAAACUAACCCAAUGGAUGACUUACUCACUAAUGGUCCCCAUGACCAAGCUCCUCCAUGUUCAUUUCCCUGGCGCAGAACUCCUUACCGGGCUGCCGGAAUACAGAAAUGGUGGACUGUUCAUCGACGUCGGCCUGUUGACACUGAAGCCUGAGGAUCAGAAACGCGGUCUAGCGCAAUACCAACGCAAUGCACAGGCAACAGGCCAACCGAGCAUGGAAGUUGUACCAAUGUUUACCGCCGACGACGAUGUAGUGGUAGAAUGGCGCGCAGUCACAGUCGGACUACUCGACGAUCUGUUAGUCGACGUAAACAACCUACUGGGUCUGAGCGGGUCAGAUAAGCUGAACCUGGCGCAGAUGCUCGAAGCUGGUAGUUGGAAGGGAGGUCGAGAGAUUGCUGAAGUGUCGCGGCCCAACACUAAAGAGCCGCCAAUCAUGAUCCUCUCGGACGGCACUGUUUUCUAA